AUGUUCGACAUUUUAAAGAAAGAAAGUAUUACCGAGAAAAAUAUGACUUCAAUAGUUGAACUAUUUAAACAAGCUUGGCCAGUAGAGUCAUGGAAAAAAUAUGGUUUAUUUGAUGAAAGUUACAUUUAUGAAAUUAAUUUACACUGGCUACAGUUUCCACCACCAUCCAAAACAACGCAUUAUGCCCUAGCAGUAUUUUACAUAGUAUUUGUUGUUGUUGGAACUUUUGGAAAUGGAACGGUUUUAUUCAUGUGUUUAAGGUGCAAAUCGUUACACAAUCCUGCAAAUACUCUUGUGGCUAAUUUGGCUUUUAGCGAUGGUUGUAUGGUAUCUUUCAUGCUUGUUUUUAUCUUCAAUAGUUUUACUCUAGGUCCAUCCUUUGGUUCCAUAGGAUGCCAAAUGUAUGGAUUUUGGAGCGGAGUUACUGGCAACUGUUCCAUAUGUAUUCUAGCAGCAAUAUCCUUGGAUAGGUAUCAUAUCACUAGGGACCCAUUAAAAUAUGUACUCAACCGUAAACGGGUAAAAGCAUCUAUAGUGUUUUGCUGGCUGUACAGUACGCUAUUCGCAGUUAUGCCUCUUUUAAACAUCGGCGUUGGCAAAUUUGUUCCCGAGGGCUACUUGACCAGUUGCUCUUUUGACUAUUUAUCUCAAACGAGCGCUGUCCGAAUUUUCAUAUUCAUUUAUUUCGUCGGUGCUUGGGUCUUACCCCUAUCCGUUAUCCUGUACGCAUAUAUUAACAUCUAUAGAAUCACAAGAAACUCAAAAACGCUUGGUGGAAAGUUUUCCAGCACCGACUCAUUUCGUCAUUGCAGAAGAGAAAACAGACGCCGUCAAGAAUUAAAACUAACAAUCGUAAGUUCCGUAGCCAUCUUCCUUUGGUUCAUUUCAUGGACACCAUACGCAAUCGUUGCAUUGUUAGGGAUAACAGGCAACGCACACUGGAUAUCGCCCUUUGCCUCCAUGGUGCCAGCUCUGUUUUGUAAAACUGCCAGCUGUCUUGAUCCCUUCCUUUACGCUUUCUCUCAUCCGAAAUUCAAAGGAGAAAUUCUGGCGUUUUUGAGGAGAAAAGGAAGGUGGAAAGUGGAAAUAAUUCGGAAAAGGCCUCACGUCAGUAGAAAACAAGGAAGGAACAAUGUUGAAACCAGUACCGUAGACAAAAAGGGAUUAGAAACGGAUAUAUUUAGCAUAAAUUAA